UCAAAUUUUAAAGUAGAAUUAAGAAGAAAAAUUACAUUGAACGAAAUUUUGUAUACAUAUUUUUGUUUCGAAACCACCUGCAAUAACUCGCUUGAGUUGACACUAUUCAUUCUUAAUUAUUUUAAGUCAUAAAAUAAGGUAGAAAAUAUGAAUAAUGCAGCUCCCAAGCCUCAAAGACAGCCAAGAGAAAACAGAAGACAUAGAGCAGCAAUGGCUGAAGAUCAAGAUUCUGGAGCAGCUUCUAACAUAAUACCAGGUACAAGUUCAGAACUAGUGUUGAAGGCAGCCAAUAGUAUUCAGGAUACUAGUAUUGUUGAUAUUGAUGGAGGAGCUCUUGAAGGGGGAGGUCAAGUCUUGAGAAAUACCGUUUCAUUUAGUUGUUUAUUACAUAGACCUGUUAGAGUAUAUAACGUUAGAGCUGGCAGAAGUAAACCAGGAUUAAGGCCUCAACAUUUAACUGGUAUAAUGUUAACCAGAGAUGUUUGUCAUGGUAGACUGGAAGGAGGGGCUGUUGGCUCAACAGAAAUCCAAUUUUAUCCAGGAAAUAUUCAGCACGGAGAAUAUAGAGCCGACACAGGUACCGCAGGGAGUAUAUGUCUUUUAUUGCAAGUAGCUAUUCCAUGUUUAGUUUAUGCUGAUGGUCAUACAAAUCUGACAUUAAAAGGAGGAACCAAUGCAGAUAUGGCACCUCAGUUAGAUCACAUGACAAUGGUAUUUAGACCUAUCGCAGAAAAAUUUGGAAUGAGAUUUGACUGUAGAGUUAUCAGAAGAGGGUAUUAUCCUAAAGGUGGUGGAGAAGUAAUGGUGACAUGUCAUCCUACCAAACAAUUGUCAGCUGUUACUAUGACAGAUAGAGGAGAUAUCAAACAAAUCUAUGGUAGAUCAUUUGUAGCUGGAGUUCUUCCUAUCAGGGUUGCCCAUAUUAUGGCACAAGUUGCUGAAAGUAUAAUACAUAAAGAAUAUAAAGAUGUAGCAGUAAAUAUAGAUGUAGUAAAAGAAGAAUCAGCCAUAGGAACUGGUACAGGUAUUGUACUAGUUGCAGAAACUACAACUGGGUGCUUUUUGGGAGGUACAGCUUUAGGGAAGAAAGGAAAGCAAGCAGAACAAGUUGGACAAGAAGCAGCAGAAGAAUUAAUCAAUAAUUUAUAUCAUGGUGGUUGUGUAGAUGAUUAUGUACAAGAUCAGAUUAUACUGUUGAUGGCUCUAGCCAAAGGCAAAUCCACAGUAAGAAUUGGUGCCUUGUCUUUACAUACAGAAACUGCCAUUCAUGUGGCAAAACAGUUAACUGAGGCCAAAUUUAAAAUUACAGAAAUUAACAAAGGAGCAACGCUUAUAGAAUGUGAUGGAAUAGGACUAGUUAAUUCACAGGUUGGAAGUUAGUGAUGGAUUUAUAUUGUAGUUUGUGCCAUCAACUCCAAGAACCAAUGUAAAAAUAAGGAGAUCAAGUUUUUCUCUACCACUAUUGUACUACUUCUGGUUACUUAACCAGUGAGUGAAAUAGAUACAAAUAUUUCUGUUAUUGUCUUUUCGGUUUUGAAAUUGUCUUUAAAGAAUAUUAGAUAGUAAUGUGAAAUUAAUCUAUUGUAUUUAGCAGUAUAACAUGUUUCGCUUUACGUAUCUAUGAAUGACAUAUAAAAAGGUUCUGCAUUUGCCUGAUGCGAUUAGGAACCAAUGAAUAAAAUGUCACAUAUUCAUUAAAACUCUGUCAUUGUAGUGAUAGUGUGCCUUUUUUGAUGGUUGAAAAUUAUUAAUAUUCUCGUUAGCAUCAUUUACAGGUCUCACUUUACAUAGCUAUAUGUGACAUUUAAGGAUGUCUACCUCUGAGGAGCCAAACAUUUCUAGAAUUAAACUUUGUUCUUAACCUGAUUUUUGGGUAUAUAUGACUAAAAAAGUAAUUGAUGAAGAAAGUAUCAUAUGGUGGUGCCCUUCUUUUUUUUUCUACAGCCAUUUGUUUAUUUAUCAUCAAUUUUUACGUAUUUUUGGGCUAUUAUCAUAAAAAAAAUCACAGUUUCACAAUUAAACUUUUUUUCAUUCAUUUCAUUAUAGAUGAAGUGGACCAAUCUGAAUAAAUUUAACUUAAGAAAACUAUAGGUUGGUGUUAAUAUUAGAAAGUUUUAUAAAAUUUUGUUGCUUUUUGUGUCAAAUUGACCAUGCUGUCAAUUUUGUAAAUUGGGGAUUUUUCUCUUUUUUUUUAGCAUGUUAUUUAAACUUCUUUGUUAUAAAUGAUUGAAAAAAUACAUAUCUAAGAAUUUUGAAAUGAAAAAAUUGAUAUGGGAUGUACAUUUUUUGGUAAAAGCAUUUCUUUGUACACUUCACCCAUUUUCUCAACAUUUUGGCUAAUGACAUUGACCGGAUUGGUUAUAAAAUUUUUAAAUUGUAUUACUCAAAAACUACUUAUAGCAAGUACACAUUUUUUUCACAGAGUUUACUUUGAUUAUAAAUUUUUUUUUAAAUUCAUUGAUAUUUUCCACUUGUAUCACAUGUUUUGGAAAUAAUUCCCGAACAAGAUUUCAACAAGACUGAAACAUCAGAAGAAUACAUCCUUAAAAAAAAGGUUCUAUAUUUGCCUUAUGUAAAUAUGAACCAAUAACAAAAGUUACAUGUUUGUUAAAACUCUGACACUGUAGAUCUUUUUUUAAUAAUAAACAAAAUAUCUUUCUGUUGUAUUGUAUAUUGUAUGAUGUAGAAACAGGAGAUGCGUUAGGAUUGCCAUGUGACGUAGAUGUUAGCAACUUUAGGUCACUGUACGGCCAUCAAGGUUAGACUCAUACUGUAAAGUCAGCUAUAAAAGAACCAGACAUGACAAAAUGUGAAACAAUAUAAACAAAGAAAACAUAACAAAAUAAUAAAAGAAUAACAAAUAUGACAGACCACAGCUAAAAACAAUCACUGAAUUACAGGCCCUUGGCUCAGGACAGGCUUAUGAAGUGGUGGAGUUAGGCAUGUUUGUGAGCACUUAUCCAUCACCUUAACCUGGGACUGGUGUAACAAAGCAUCAUAAAAACAAAUUGUAAAAAUCAGUUGGAAAUGGCUUGACUCAUCAGAUUAACACAAAGCACAAUAGAUAAUUAACAAAAAAACAAAGCACCAAUCUAAGAGUGCCCACAAAAACUGAAAGCUAGUUUAAAGGCAAUUACAACUUAUACAUUGAUUGUGUUUUGAUGAAAGUAUUCAAAGAUGUAAUUCAGUUUAUGUACAGAUAAUGAAGAAAUAACUUUGUUUUUAAGUAUUUAGAAUGAAGCAGUUAUACAUACUUUUGUGAUUGUAUCUUAGAUUGUGCAAUAAAUUUGAAUUAACAUUUA